AAAUUCCAGUGAGUAGGAAGCGUGCUCAUAAUAAAUUUCCGAAAACACUAGAUCAUAGAUGUAUUUUGUCGACGUAGACUAUACAUCGCGGUAGCUGCAACAAAGGCAGGUAAAAUUUUAGCACAAGCUCAUGGCAAGACUUUUACCUGAGAUUCAACUUCCUCAAGAAUCGGUGUUUGUCAGCCCAGGUAGCAGCAUUGUACUUAAGGCUAUAUGGGAUCAAAUCAAUUUUCAAGGACAGGCGACAUGGAUGCGAUGCAUCAACAAUAAUUUUAUAAACAUAGAGGCACACAAAGGCUCAAAAUAUCAUGAACAUUCCUGUUCGAGAAAUACAAAUACGUUUGAGCUGAUGAUAAAUGAUGUAAACGCUUCUGAUGAGGGUGUAUACAAAAUACGCAUAAAUCUAUCAAUGGGAACGGUAGAAAGCAAAGUGCUAUCUUUAUAUAUAUUAGAUGAUAUCAAUGUACUCGGAAAAGAAGAACUGAAUUUCCUGCGCUACAGAGAAUGCAACACAAUUGCAAAAGAAGCUCUUCAAAUGACGUUUGAUAGGUAUCUUGAUCAAAGUGGUACAGAUUUCACAACCCAUCUUGCCACACACAAAAGUCUUCUAAAUUCUAAAAACUCCAAAGCAAAGCUAAAUCCUAAUCAACUCAAAGUUCUUUAUCCAAGUGAUGGUUCACUUGUUUCCAAAAAGAAUCUUGAUAUUUCACUUCUCUACAAAUUGUUGCGUAACACGACAAACAUAACAAAACCAAGCAAUAAUUGGAAUGCUAAGCCAUCGCUGGAUAGCAUCGGCGAGGGAGAUGAUGUUGAACGAAUACAUUUAUAUAGAAAUUCCAUUGCUCAUAAAGAAGAAAACCUAAUUCUUUCUGACAUCGAGUUUGAACAAAAAUGGUUCGAUCUGACAUCGGCAAUCGAUAGACUAAGUAAAGGGACUUUAAGGAAUCAGUUUUGCCUGUUGAGAAACAAAAAAUUCCAGCAAGGGAAUAUCACAAUGGAGAGGUUUUAUCGAAAACAACACGUCUUGGACACAAACAGGAAAUGCAUAACAGAAUGGACGUCACAGGACAUAUUAUUCUGCAGCGAAUUAAGGUCGGUGGAAAAAGUGUUCGGUGUUAUCAAAAACCAGAAGCUAGUUAUAAUUAUUGGGGGAGGUGGGUCAGGGAAGACAGCAACGGCAAGACACUGUGGCUUAAAGCUCCAAAAUGAAGGUUGGCAGCUGAUGCCAAUUGAUGAAAUAAGGGAAAUCAAAAGCAAAUGUAUUGAAGGAAAAUGCGUUUUUAUUCUAGAUGAUCCUCUUGGAAGUUUGGGUCUCGAUGACAGGAGAACGACAGAAUUGAUGCAAUGCCGCAGUACUGUAUUACAGCUUUUUGGCAAGGAAAAUCACAAAUUAAUUAUAACAUGUCGUACAGUUGUAUACAAUGAAGCUAAACCUUAUCAUGUUUUUGACGAAUUUAAUGUUAUCGACAUUGAACACAAGGAUCACGCCUUGAACAAUAUUGAAAAACGGAAGAUCUUAGAAACAUACGGUAUUGAAAGGUUAGUUGAUGAGUCAUCAUUAGAGGGAGCAAAUAUAAUGUUUCCCCUCAUGUGCUAUAUUUUGUUUCAAAACAGAGAGGAAGUGUUGAAAUCAAAAGCCCCACAAAAGGUCCUCGAUCAUCGAAAAUAUCUUCUUGACGAACUAGAUACUAUGAGUAAAUCCGAGAGUUCAAAAGUAUUGUAUUCGUCUUUGGUUAUUCUCAUGUUAACCAACAACAACCUUACGGACGAAAAACUAAAAAACAGGGAGCUUCUAAACGAGAUCUUUAUUAAAUGCAAUAUUAUUGAUCAUCACCCACUUAGCAGAGAAAUACGAGAGAAACUGCAGCAUUCAGAAAACACAUAUGUUAUGAAAACAGAAUUUGGUUUUAAAUUUCUACAUGAUUCUCUAUUUGAAAUUUUUGCGUUUCAUUUUGGUCAAGAUGAAGAAAAUCAAAUUUUGCUUCUCAAAUAUAUAGACAUAGAAUAUCUCGCAAAUAACACUUUUACAGGAGUCGAGGGCUCUCCUGGAAGAGAUUUUCAGGUAAAGAUUUCCCCAAAUAACUAUGAAGUUUUAUGUCAGAGGUUAUGUCACACUCUUCGGGGGAUAGUUCAAUUUAAUCUCGAUGUCCGAUCUGUGAAUGCAAUUUUCACUCACAAAUGCUGGAGUGACGAAGAUUUCAUCAACACUUUGUUAAAAACUGUUGGAUCAAAGAACAUAGCGGAGUUGCUGUUAAAAUCAUACAGUGUUCCGAAAGCGAAACAAAAUUCUAAUAAGUCUAAGAGACCCUGCUCAUGGCUUGAUAAAGAAGACCUACUUGUGAAGGAAAAAUAUGAACUAAAGGGAAUGCCAGGAGUGUCUGAAGGAGGUGUUACUAAAUUUAUUGAUUGGAUUGUUUUCAAAGGACAUUUAAACAUCUUACAAAUUGUUCUGUCAACGUCAUAUCAAGGAAUACUUUGGUUUUUUCCAAGAAAAAGAAAAAUUGAAUCUGAUCGACUGUUUUGGCUUUCUAUCUACAGUAUGAAAGAAGAGAUGUUUACUUUUGCACUAUCUCAAAUAAAAAACAAUGAACUUGAGAGAUAUAUUAAAACAACAUCCUAUCAUUUUGAAACGCCACUCACACUUGCCUGCUCACUGGGUGUUUUUGAAAUAGUCAAGAUUCUAGUAGAAAAAGGUGCUGAUGUUGCCAAAUGCAAUGAAAAGGAUGAGUCUCCUUUACUUCUUGCAGUGAAAAGUGGUUCAAAGAAAAUAAUAAAGUAUUUGUUGGAAAAAUGUCCUUUGAUUAAAGUAGAUCAUGAAAGACUAUCUCCUUUUGUAAUGGAAAGGGAAAGUGAUGUUGAACUUUUAAAAUUAAUCCUGGAAAACUGUGAUGUCCUGAGUACAAAUCAUGAUGGCAAAACACCAUUACAUUUUGCAGCACAGGAAGGAUUUAGCGAUGUUGUUGCUACUUUAAUUCGACGUGGAGCAAAUGUUAAUGCUGCAGAUGAAAACAAGGUGACAUCAUUACACAUUGCCUGCUCAAGAAACAAAGUAGAAAUCGUUAAAUCACUUUUAAAAGCUGGUGCCGACUUUCAUUUACUAAAUGCAAUGAACGAAAAUCCCUUUAUCAUUGCAUUGAAAAGAAAUUCUUUAGAUAUUUUGCAAACUAUCUUGAUUGAAAGCAAUCUUGAAGAGUUUAAAGCACUACUUGAUCAAUGUCCAUCCGCAAAAUUGCAAAAAUCUUCUUCAAUGAUUUUGUAUUCUCGCUGUAAUAUGGCUGAAGUUUCAAACAAAUUACUGAAAACUAUUCUACAAAAUUGUCCUCCAUGCAGUCUUAAAUCCAUUCUGGAAAAAAGUGAUGUUCACGAAACAAUAUUUGAUGGUAAAACUCCUUUGCAUAUCGCAGUCGAACAUGGGUUGCUUGAUGUUGUUGAAACCGUAAUCCGUCGCGGGGCAAAUCUGAAUGCAAGGGACAGUAGCUUUAAUACUCCAUUGCAUAUUGCAUGCGUUAGAGAUAAUAUAAAUAUUACUAAAGUGUUAGCAAAAGAAGGUGCAAAUUUGGAAGUAUUCAAUAGCUUUGAUGACUCUCCCGUAGGUGUCGCUUUUAAUAAUGAAUCAAAAGGAAUAUUGCUGUAUUUCAUGUUAAUAUAUCCCUAUGAGAUAUAUAAGAAGCUAUUGGAAAAAUGCAUCCAGAAACCCUCAGUGAAUUUUCGUGUAACAAAAAAUUCUAAUGAAAUAAUACAAGGUUUCAUUGAAACAUGUGGUAUUGAAAAUUUUUCAACUUUGAUUGAAUACGCUGAAACGGUCCCCUAUUCAUCAAAUGACAAAUCACCGCUACAUAUAGCAUCAGGGAUUGGUUUGCUAGAUAUUGUUGAAAGUUUAAUACAAUGUGAAGUUCCUCUUAAUGCUAUCGACAGUGCAAGCCGAACACCUUUGCAUACUGCUUGCUUAUCGAGUAAUGCCAAAACUAUUGAAAUAGUUGAAACACUGGCCAAGAGUGGUGCUAGAGUUAAUGCACGUGACCAUGAAAAACAAACACCUCUGCAUAUUGCUUGCACAUUGAAUAAUGAUAAAGCUGUUCAUUUAGUUGUAAUAUUGAUACAGCAUGGAGCUAACAUUGAUGUUACAGACAAUAAAAAUCAGACACCUUUACAUAUUGCAUGUCUGAAUAACAAUACAGAAAUCGCAGCCGAAUUGAUUAAUCAUUUAUGUAAUACAUCCGUAGAAGAUAUAGAGAAAAAAAUCCCAUUCCAUAUUGCAUGCAAAACAGGAAAUGCAAAGUUGGCAGAACUUCUGUAUGAAUCACGACAUCUCAAACGGACUGAUAUUCAUGGCAAAACACCAAAAUGUUAUGCAGAAGGCCACGACAGUGUCCAGAAAGUAUUCAAUAGAAGAGGAAACCAUUUUCAGUAGCAUUUAAAAAAAGAGGUCCUUAAUUUCUGAUGCCAUACACUAGACUUGUUAACAGCGGAUAUUACUAACGUCCUAGCUACGACAAUUGUAAAACAAGACUCUCGUUGUACAAAAAAUGUGCUUUAAUUUCCUUACAAUAUAAUUUUAAACUUAUGCAAGUGUACAUACACGUACCCGAACCCUUUUUGAAUUUAUUUUAUUUUCUUCAGUUAUUUAAUUUUUACUCCAAGACAUUGCAAAAAAGGGCCAAUUACCAUGCUUACGAUUUUCCACCUCACAAUAUUCAUUCUAGGCAAAAAAUUGAA